AUACCGUUCCGAUAUUGAGAGAACGCAUUUCCAUAAUCCGGUCACGUGUACACUACCCUAUCCUUUAUCCCUAACCGAUCCCAUCGAUCCAUCGAUCCAUGCCCAACGGGUUUACACGUUAUUGUCCAUGCUCAACGAAGUGCACACACACACACACACACACAUCCUGGUCCAUUGAUCCGCACGAUUAUCGCUGUUUCCACGAUCGAUCGUGCGUUAACAUCGAUCGAUCGAUCCUCGGUCUUGAAUCUUCAAUCUUUGCUUCCUGAAGAGAGAGAGAGAGAGAGAGAGACACGGUUGUGAGACGGAGAGAUAAGAGACACCUUCCAUCCAUAUUUAUGUUUAUGUGUUCACAAUAUGACCGUUAAGGAGAACGCGGAAGUACGAUCUGGUUAUAUAGAUGACGGUAUAAAUGAAGGAGGGGAAGGGAGAUAAAAGAGGAAAACGAGGAAGAGAGAGAGAGAGAGAAAAAGGAAAAAAAAAAGGAGAAAAAUUUAUUCAUCCGAGAGACGCGAUAUAAUCGCUCGCGGCCGAUAAGUAUCGCCAUUCGUGAACGGAAAGGAUAAUUCGGAUUUAUUAAAAAGCAGAUAUGACACGAUACCUAGUUUCUGUUUGCUCAAAACAUUCGGCCGUCUCUUAAGUUCAACAACUUGGAGCAUUUAUCCCUGAAAGUUCACGGGUGUCGUUCCCCUUCUUUUUCCUUUUAUUGUCCUCCUCCUCCUCCUCCUCCUCCUUCUCCUCCUCCUCCUUGUCGAACCAAGACCGGUAAUUAAUCGAGGAAAGUGAAUGAGAUAUCAACGCUUGGCUUUGAACAUCCUGUCAGAUCAUGAACACUUCGAUCCGUUCGAUUUUGCUGGUGCUCUUUUUAGUCUAUUCGAUGGUAUUCGUGCUCGUUGCAGGAAGCGUUCCUUUCGAACGAGCCAUAGGAGUCUGUAUCCGAAAUUGCGCUCAAUGCAAGAAAAUGUUCGGCCCGUACUUCCUUGGACAAAAGUGUGCCGAUUCUUGUUUCAAGAACAAAGGAAAACUCAUUCCCGACUGCGAGGAUGAGGACUCGAUCCAACCAUUCCUCCAAGCGCUUGAUAGCGAAUAUUAGAAAAAUAAGAUCGACUUGAAGUUCCUCGCUGUUUAACAAUUAUUCGCGCUAAAUAUAACAUAACAUACCAAAAGUGUCGCCUGAAUUUGCAAAUAGAGUAUACAAACGUAAUAUAAUCUGUCUAUUAAGUAACAAGUAUAUCGAAUUCUUCUUCUUUUUUUUUUUUAAUUUCUCAGGAAGACACAUAAUACGUGAUUAUAACAAAUUAAAACUAUUUAAUUUCAUAUUUGUUAUAUCUGUGAAUAUUAUUAUUUAAGUCUAUAUUUAAA